ACGGCAGGACAUCAUCUUUGGCUCCUGGACGAGAAGGCUGGAGGAGGGCGCAAACAAGAUUUAGACGAUGCCUACACAUCUGCGAGAGUUCGGUCUUCUUGUCUGCAUGACAGCCAUGUCAACAGUACCUGUACUCUCCACAGGCAUGUCCAGCACAGUCCUUGUUGGAGACUCGAUCAUGGCAGGCCGUGAUGGUGUGUGGGGUAUUGGAGCGAUUAACAAAUACUUGAACCAAUUCUCGGGCCAAAAACUUGACAAUUACGCUCUCAUCGGCUCAAGCCUACACGACGGAUGGGUAAAAAGCGUACCGCAGGUUUAUGGCGAUAUGCGAAAGAAAACGGCACCAGCAGUGCCCACUACAAUUGUUCUGAAUGGCGGAGGAAAUGACGUUAUCACCGUGCGAGAUGAUUGCUGGGCAUUCAACGACAAAUGCCGUAAGCAGAUAGAUGAAGCCAUGGACAUUGCUGAAAAGCUUUUGCUUUGCAUGCAUGAUGACGGCGUCGAGCACGUUAUCUAUCUCGGCUUUUAUUACGCUUUUAACAUGACCGAAGCAGUAGAUUAUGGGAUGGAGGGAAUCAAACGGGUUUGUGAGGGCGCUCCCAUAGACUGCCAUGUGGCUGAUGCUCGCAAUCUAAGCAUACCUACUGGGUGGGAUGGUAUACAUCCCCUUGACGAAGGUUACAAACGGUUGAGCACCCGCAUUUGGGAAGUAAAGGAGGCGAAUAAUAUACCAAUCUAGAGCGGUACUCAUAAGUCUGUAAUAGCAAGAGGAUUCCUGACCAUUACUCAUAUAAAUAUAACAAGGAAACCCGUAAAUAACUGCAUAAAGAAUAUUGUAUUUAACCGUUG